AUGAAGCCACUGUGUUUAGUCUUUGGCCUCUGGGUUCUUACAGGAUGCUUCCUGUCCAGUGAAUGUCACAGAGGCCCCAGAAGACAUGAUCCUAGAGGACCUCCUCCUCCUCCUCCUCCUCCCUAUGGUCCAGGAUUUGGUCAACCACCCCCUCCACCUUCUGGUCCAGGAUUUGGUCGGCCACUCCCUCCUCCUCCCCCCUUUGGUCCAGGAUUUGGUCAACCACCCCCUCCUCCUCCCUUUGGUCCAGGAUUUGAUCGACCACCCCUUCCUCCUCCCUUUCAUCCUCCUAAUAUUCCAGUUUCUCCACACCCUAGACCUCCAAGCAACCCUCCUACUCGACCUCCACCCACAGUACAAGUAAAUACAGUACCAGCUGCCAACAUCUCCAUAACCACUACUGCUGCCCCAAACUCCACUGAUACUUUUUGGAGGUUGUGGCAAUUAAUAAAUUCUUAUUUUAGGUCAGAAUAA